AUGCAUAAAUUAAGAUAAUUACAAGAAAAAGAAGUUCAAUCUCACUUAACUUAAUAAGUCUUUGUACCUUUCAUUUAAGAACGAGAUUCUUUAGGUAAACUACAAAUAAACCACAAAAGAAAUACUUCACAAAAAUCAACAUAAAAAAAGAAAUCUAAUAAAAAGGUAUAAUAUUAUAUAUCAAGAAACUUAUAAAUAGUAAAAGUGAACAUACAAAAUCAAAAAUAAAUUUUUUAAAAGAUGUUUAUACAAUUAAUCAUAAUACAGAAUGGGCCAAUUUAACGAAUGUUUCUAGAUUAGAAAAAAAAUUUAAUUUGAGAAUUCAGACUGAAUUUGUUGAGUAGAAACCACUUACAUUAUUAAAUUAAAAACUAUAGCUGAAUGGUGGUAUCGUCUAACAUAGAGCUAACACUUAAUUAAAUAAUUCACCUAAGUUAGGAAAAAAUCUUAGUAAAAAUACUAUACCUCCUAUUGGAUAUUAUCAACCUAAAGAUAUGUAAAUAAAAAAAUAACCUAUGUUUGUUAAAAUGAAUUUGUAAUAGGAAACUAAUAGAUAAAUUAAAAAAGUUAUAAAAACAGAAUGUUCAUCAACAACUUCAAUUCCUAAAUUAGAAUUCUCUAAUAUUAGAAUUUUAAACAAAAUUCCAUAAGAAUUAUUUGAAAAAGCAUAUUAAACAGAGAGAAUGUCAACAGAACAUAGAUUUAGAUACACUCCUUUGCAUUUUGAUAAUGAAGAAAUAGAACAAUAAGAAUAUAAGAUAAAUUAAUUAAGAUAAAUUUAUAAAGUUAUGAAAAAUAGUAUUUCUUGA